AUGACUGCGACAAUGAGCAUUCGCAGAGAUAAAAAAAGCAGUGCAGUGAAUAAACCAAAUGCAAUCAUUACUGAUGAUAGUCCUAGCAACAUAGCCACAUCUGUGGUAGGGUCUGAAAUUCCAUCAAUAUCAGAUUCAAAUCAGCAAAAGGUUAUCAAAAAUCUAGAUGCUGCAAAACAUGAAAAUGUCGUAAGCUCUGUAAAUGCAAGUCAUCACGGCAUCACCGAGAACAAGAAUUUGACAUUCCAAGUUGGAUCUAAAAUUUCUUCGUCAGCAAGCUCAGAUUCAAAUCAACAAAUGAUUGUCGAAAAUCUGGAUACUUCAAAACAAGAAAAUGUAAACACAACUCAGUACAAUAAUAUCGAAAGCAAGAACGUAACUUUUCAAAUCGGAUCUGAAUUUCCUUCGUCAUCAAAAUCAUCAGAGAGUCAUCAAAAAGUUAUCGACAAUUCGAAUAAUUUAGAUAAAAUUGUUUUAACAAAUACAAGUGACUUUUUAUCAGAAAUUCUUGAUGGCAUUCAGAAUAAAAGUUCUGUUGUAAAAGCAAGGAAAUGCCCUGGUGUCGUUAAUAUAAAUAUAGAUGAUUCUGAUGAUUGCGGUUGUGAUGAUGGAGCGACCAAGUCAAAUAAUUCAUGUAAUAAAUAUGGUAUUCAAGUUUCCCAUACAUUAAAAAACAACAAUAACACGCAAAAAUCUCGCUGUGAAAAUGAAACUGAAUUCAACCAAACUACUAUACGAAAAGCAAUAACCCCAGCGGAUACGAGUUUAUCAAAUUCCACUAAUUCAUCAGAAAUAAAUUUACAAAAUUCUAAGAAUAAUGACACGGUGCAAAUAAACUACGUACCAGCUCAAAUAGAUGAAUGCGUAUCGUGGAUUAAAGAAUCACCACAAAAAGCAGAUUACAUAUCUAACACUAUUCUCAAUUUCGAUACCUCCUCUGCUUCAACUAAUAACAGCACACUAAAUUCAAACGAACAUAUAAACACUGCACCGUAUCUUAUUGAUGAAGUGACACAAAAAACUAAAGAAACACCACCACCAAUAGUGGGAUCUACUCAAACACAAAGUCCAGAUUUCAAUAUAUCUGUGUCAUCACAAGUUGCUUCUCAUGAUAUCGAUCUUAAUACAGUAGAAGUGAUAAAAUCUGAUGUUCAGCACGAACAUUCCUCUGCUUCAACUAAUAACAGCACACCGAAUUCAAACGAACAUAUAAGCACUGCACCGUAUUUUGUUGAUGAAGUGACACAAAAAACUAAAGAAACACCACCACCAAUAGUGGGAUCUACUCAAACACAAAGUCCAGAUUUCAAUAUAUCUGUGUCAUCACAAGUUGCUUCUCAUGAUAUCGAUCUUAAUACAGUAGAAGUGAUAAAAUCUGAUGUUCAGCACGAACAUUCCUCUGCUUCGACUGACAAUAGCACACUAAAUUCAAACGAACAUAUAAACACUGCACCGUAUCUUAUUGAUGAAGUGACACAAAAAACUAAAGAAGCACCACAACCAAUAGUGGGAUCUACUCAAACACAAAGUCCAGAUUUCAAUAUAUCUGUGUCAUCACAAGUUGCUUCUCAUGAUAUCGAUCUUAAUACAGUAGAAGUGAUAAAAUCUGAUGUUCAGCACGAACAUUCCUCUGCUUCGACUGACAAUAGCACACUAAAUUCAAACGAACAUAUAAACACUGCACCGUAUCUUAUUGAUGAAGUGACACAAAAAACUAAAGAAGCACCACAACCAAUAGUGGGAUCUACUCAAACACAAAGUCCAGAUUUCAAUAUAUCUGUGUCAUCACAAGUUGCUUCUCAUGAUAUCGAUCUUAAUACAGUAGAAGUGAUAAGAUCUGAUAUUCAGCACGAACAUUCCUCUUCUUCGACUGAUAAUAGCACACCGAAUUCAAAUGAACAUAUUAAAGAAACACCACAACUAAUAGUGGAAUCUACUCAAACACAAAGUCCAAAUUUUAAUAUAUCCGUAUCAUCUCAAAUUGCUUCCCCUGAUAUCAAUGCUACUAGAAAUAUACAGCAUUCCCCGAAUACAACAUCGCAAAAUAUUACCGACACAUGCAACACCAUCCUCGACUUUAAAUCCGGUUCUAGUGAAGCAGAAGCUUCUAAAUCUAGUUUAUCCGAACCCUCACAAGUCAUUUCUCCACAUAAUACCGAGUAUAACGACGAAAAUACAAUCAAAAGCGCAAACCCAAAACAAUCUAACGAUAUGCAACAUUUAGGAUCAGCUCAUGAAAAUACUAGUAAUUUCUUGAAUGAUGUCCAUAGUUAUCAACAUUCAUCGAGUUCCUCGCAUUCGCAUCCAAAUUCUGCUAUAGAUAAUUCCAACGAGCAUAUAACUCCAGAGUUUAAUAAAGAACAGCAAGUAGGGGAGGAAGAUGUUUGUGAAUUGUGA